CCUCAGUGCGCUACAGCAGGUGUUACGUAGGCAAGCAAUGAAAGGGCUUUGGCUACGUGGCCUGAUAUCAAAGGCUAGGAAAUCGUGAGGUAUCAGUAAACUUUGGACAGUGAAGAAGCGGCAGGAACCGAGGACAUGUAGAGGACCCCGGCAGUACCACGCGAUCGUCUCCGACAGCCUCCAGAAUAGCUACGGCUCUGCACUUGACGGCCCUUUUACAGCAGAUGUUGUGAAUGCCGUAAAGCGGGGUUGCUGCCGCUGCUGGGUGAGAAAACAAGAUUAUCUUCUUAUCUAAAAAAGAUGAAACCAACCGGGUUACUCUCAAAAGACAACCAAGUGAGCACUGCAGACUAAUGAGUAGAAUCAAUAAGAACGUGAUUUUGGCGCUUUUAACUUUGACAAGUUCUGCAUUUCUGCUGUUUCAGUUGUACUACUAUAAGCACUAUUUAUCAGCAAAGAAUGGAACUGGUUUAUCAAAAUCUAAAGGAAGCCGAAUUGGAUUUGAUAGCACACAGUGGCGUGCAGUUAAAAAAUUUAUUAUGCUAACAUCCAGCCAAAAUGUACCAGUGUUCCUUAUUGAUCCUUUGAUUCUGGAAUUGAUUAAUAAAGAUUUUGAACAACUCAAAAAUACUUCUCAUGGCUCCACUUCAGAGUGCCAGUUUUUCUGUGUUCCGAGAGACUUUACUACGUUUGCACUGAGGUAUCACCUUUGGAAGAAUGAGGAAGGCUGGUUUCGGAUAGCUGAAAAUAUGGGAUUUCAGUGCCUUAAGAUUGAGAGCAAAGAUCCCCGGCUAGAUGGGAUAGACUCACUUUCUGGAACUGAAAUUCCCCUGCACUACAUCUGCAGAUUGGCCAACCAUGCCAUCCACUUGGUGGUCUUUCAUGAGAGGAGUGGCAACUACCUCUGGCAUGGCCAUUUACGACUCAAAGGACACAUGGACAGGAAAUUUGUUCCUUUUCGAAAGUUACGGUUUGGUCGUUAUCCUGGAGCUUUCGACAGGCCAGCGUUACAACAAAUUACUGUUGAUGGACUAGAAGUUUUCAUCCCAAAAGAUCCAGUGCACUUUCUAGAAGAAAUACCACACUCUAGGUUUAUUGAGUGUAGGUAUAAAGAAGCUCGAGCAUUCUUUCAGCAGUACCUUGAUGAUAACACUGUGGAAGCUAUGGCCUUUCGGAAGAAUGCAAAGGAAUUAUUGCAACUGGCAGCCAAAACAUUAAAGAAAUUAGGAGUACGGUUCUGGCUGAGCAGUGGAACUUGUCUAGGGUGGUAUCGGCAAUGCAACAUUAUUCCUUAUAGUAAAGAUGUCGACCUAGGAAUUUUUAUACAAGAUUAUAAAUCUGAUAUUAUUUCAGCAUUUCAGGAUGUAGGACUUCCACUCAAACACAAAUUUGGGAAGGUAGAGGACAGCUUGGAACUAUCUUUCCAAGGAAAAGAUGAUAUAAAACUCGACAUUUUUUUCUUCUAUGAAGAGACUGACCAUAUGUGGAAUGGAGGCACUCAGGCCAAAACGGGAAAAAAAUUUAAAUACCUGUUUCCCAAGUUUACACUGUGCUGGACCGAGUUUGUAGACAUGAAGAUUCAUGUGCCCUGUGAAACUAUUGAAUACAUUGAAGCCAACUAUGGAGUCCCCCUGCGCCAGGUACAGUGCUAGUUUAGAGUGGAGAAGCAGAGUUGAGUGACACACAUGGCUGUCUCGUUCCCUUCCCUUUGGUAAGCACCUCAAUUUUCCUUUGAGGGAAACACCCUUAUCUUUGAAGCUCCUAUAAAAUGUGAUGUUCUUUCAAAAUGUUAGAUAAUGGUUGGACUGGGUGAUAGGUUUAUUGGGCAAAGCUAAGGAAGGAUAUACCAGUAAAAAAGAAUAGCCCGUUCCUGUAAUCAGCAGUUAAGCUUGUAUGUCAGUGCUGCUUUUAAGGUUGCUGAGUCAGAGUUAACACAUUUAAGUGAUCAGACUUUAGAUGGCAUCAAGAAGAGAUGCCAGCAGAUUCAUUUUACAAGCAACCCCAUGUGAAAAUGAUUUAGAGUACAGGGCAUCGUUCUGUAAGAGAAUGAGAGCUUCUUUCUAGCUUUGUCAAAGAUAUGCAAAUUUCCGUGCAUUUUUCUAUUUUUGUAUUUGAAGUGAAAAGGAAGCUUGUGCUUGUGUGAUGCUUUAAUUUCCAGCCAUUGUGAGAAUAUUUUCACUGACCUCUGUAGCACCUGUUAACAAAUCAUUCAAGCGAGAUCAUGCUACCAGACACGAUUUUGAAAGGGUUGUGAUUUCACAAAACUACUUUCCUUGUUUCAUUCCCAACCAUCCGUUAGGUAAAAAUUUGAGCUAUUCAUGGACUUUAAUAUUUCCUGAAUUUUUAAUCCUUGCACUCCCAAUUUUAAUGUUAACACUAAAAUAUUAAUAGAAAUACCUCUAAUUUUUCUAAGUGUACUCUUCUGUGUAUUCAUUCAUCAAUUACAGCUUCUUACCUUUCUUUUAUGGCCUAUAAACCAAUUUAAAUGCUAUGUAAGACUACCUGCCCCUCUCCUGUAUACCAUAUCACAUCUCCAAAAUGAAGAUGAAUGACAAAUCUGAUGCUUUCUGCGUCCUCCCACCCCAGAUCAUGGUGUUUGUAAAGUUUGUGUCCAUUCUCAUUGUUCUACCUAGAGUUUCUAUCUGUUGCAUAUUGAUGGGAUGAGAAUGCAGACUUCCCUGCUUUAUCAAGUACCACCAAUUUAAGAACCCUUUAGUUUUCUUCCCCUCCUCCCCCCAGAUAUGUUUUUGAGUGGCCUGGGAUGGCCCUGUCUCCCUCAUCUCUUCAUGAGUCACUUUAAUGAUAUAUUCCAAGUGAGAAGUAAAGGUAGGCACAAUAAACACUGCUAUCUUUUUCUUUGCCCGGGAAAGGAAGCCAAGUCUUACAUUUUAUCCAGGCUACUUACGACAACUUUCUUGACAAAAUCCUAGACUUUCGUCUAAAACCAGAGAAUCACAGGAGUGUCAGAAAUGGAAACCAGAGGGUCUGAGGGAAUAGGCUGAUUGAGUUUUCCUAAAACAAAGUUGGGGGAAGUCACCAGCAACCACCCCACUCUCUAUUUUCAAAAUACCAAAAACUUUUUUUUGUUAAAUGAUAACGACUGAUCUUCCUCUCUUAGGAUGAGCUUUCAGUGUGUACUCAUUGGAUCUUUUCAUAACUAACAUAAUGAGGUUCUCAGGGACUCUUACAGAUUAACAGUAAACUUGUCCCCAAAUGACAGGCCAUGUAAUCAGAUUCUCUUUGCUGGAAAAUCAGCCCAUAGAAAUCAUACCUGAAUUCUAAAUAGCUGAACCUAAUUUCAUUUUUCACGGUUGAAAAAAUAUCAAGAUAAUAAUAGUGUUCCCGGGCAAAAUCUGCUCUGCUUAGUGAGGACCAUUUGCUUGUGCUCAGCAUCUAGACGUGUAUAUAAAAGUGCAUACGUAUUUCUGCCCAUUUCAAAUUGGGGCUUCCACUGUUUGCCAGGGGGUCCUACCCACCUCUAUUUAGGUUAUUUUCUUUUAUCUACCCCUGGAGUCCAAGGUCUUGAAGAAUCCAAAAUCUAAGAUGUCGUGGCCCCAUUGACAGAGAUUCUGUAUCCUUCCCUCCGCAGCCCACUGGCAGCUAAAAUACCUUUCUUGACUACCUUCUGGUUUCACAGGCUUCUGCUCUUGCUUGGUUCCGACCCUAACUUGAGGGAAUGAAAGCUUUUCCCCAGACUCUGAAGGCCUGCUUGCUUCUGAUACAGAUCCAGCCAUACUUCAUUCUGUGCUUCUUGGCAGUUCUUAACUGUGCUCAGUGUCCAGUGCAUCUCCCCUCAAACCUCAUCAGAUCACUUUUCUUUCUUCACCUGAGUAUUCCAACAAUAAUUCUCCUAGUAUGGCUACUUUCAGGUCCACUUUGUCUGGUUUACAGGAGAAAACCUCUUAUAUUACUUGGAAGUUAGGCACCCAUGGAUAUCUCCAGACAGAUCCUGAGAGGCAAGACCGAUAACCUCUCACUUUACAACCAGGGGGCCACACGGUCCUUCACUAAGCAGAGGGCACUUGGCCUUCUUCCCUCUGCUGCAGCCACUGACAUCUGGCCCCUGGGAUAAAACUAUAGUACAACUGCAGUUCCUAAAAUCAAGCAUCCCUAAGAAGCUGGGCAGUGGGAUAGCUGGUUUCUUUGAUUCCCUAGCUACAAACCCUGAAAUACGACCACUAAAUGGCAGAAUGUCUACCACCAUCCUCCCCAAACAAGUUCACUCAAGUGAAAAUCAUCUUGCUCUUGAGUCUUAAAAGCUAUAGGGGUCACAUUCAUUCUGUCCCUCUUAUUUUAUAGCUAAAUCAAUAAGCAAUAGCAGUAAUUUGAGAAACACCUGAAGCUAAAACUCAAGAGUGCCAUGACUUUUGGCCUAGUUCCUAUGUCAUUGCGUCACAGCAUCGCAUCUUUAACUCUGCUUGAGGUGCUUGACAGAGAAGUCAUCCUGAACCUUCAGGAGUCAGUUUCAGGGUGUUUCUGCCAUUCCCUGCUUAGUAUCUUUCUGCUCUGAUUGAAAGUCUGAGGUGAUAAAGAAAUCAAGAAGGAGUAUUUCUUUCUUGUCCAAAAUACUUAGGCUAUCUUCAUACCCUUAUCCACAAAAUGCCGUAUCUCCAAAAGGUGAAAUAGUUCAUGUUUGGAGACAUCAGCCUUUGAUCAUGAUACUCUUAACCUCCGGGAGUACCUGAUUCUCUUAAGCUCAAGAGGUAUCCCAUUGCUUCUUCACCCCUUCCACUUCUCCCAGGAAACAAUUAGCUAAGCACUCAUUUCUGAAAAAUCUUUCCUCCUUCCCUUAUUGAUACUCUCUGAUAGAUGCAAGUAGUUGGGAAUAAGUUGUACUCAUUCCUUUUCUUCUUUGUGACCGCAAACCAUUGUAUCUAGUCUUAACAUGGCUCCAAACUUCAGAUGGCACAUAGGACAGCAAGGUGUUACAUUAAAGAGAACGGUUUAUAGAUUGGGGACCAGAGCUGCAUCUGGGAGACACACCUGGAAUGAAUUCCCACACUCCAGCCUAAUACCUCACCCAGUAUCACAAGCCUAAGGCUGCAAAUGUUUCUAAGUCUCCCCUAAGUUUCACCUUUUAGAAAAUGAACAAUUCUUUCAUCUUUAACAUUAUAAAUCCCCAUGGAAAAAUUUCUUCAAACACUAGUCAGAGAAAGUGCCACAUUCCCAACUUCUAAUAUAUAAUUAUCAUGGAAAAACUCCAGUUCCUGGCCAGACGAAAGGAUAUCUUUAAAGAAAUGUCCCAGCAGCAAUUUCUCUUUCCUCCUCUUCUUCCUCUCUCAUUAAGACCUGGGCUAUGUCACCUCUGACUUUUCACUUGGGGGGAAUCAGCAUGUUGGUAUAAAAAGAUCACAAAUUUCUGAAUUAGACCUGAGUUUGCAUCCCAGGUUCAUCAUGUGGGGUUUGUGGUAGAGGACCUCUCAGCCUCAACUUCCAUGUGAGUGAAUUAGGGAAAUGUGUACUUCCCAGGGUUUUUAGUUAGGGUAAAAUGGAACAUAACUGCUUAGCAUCAGGCCCAGGAUUAAGUAAAUACUCAAGAAAUAUUCCAUUUCCUACUUCCAAGCCCCUUUUCUAAUUAUUCUUCAAAUGGGAUUAAAAUAACUAUGAUUCAGUACACAAACCUUGUUCAGGAGGUUGGGUGACUGAAUUUGCUUAGGGGAAAAGUUGUUUCAUUGUAUCAAGGCAUUAAAGGACAAAUUGUAUGGUUCAUGAAUUCAGAGACACUACUGAAUUGGCUCUUUCUCUAAAUAGAAUUAGUAUUUUCAUUUUAUUUGGCAAGCCGUUGUCUCAUAAGGUCUCCUUAUAUGAUCCCUAAUGUUACAUAGUUCCUUGGUCCCUCCCUAGAUUUGGUACUUGUUCUGCCCUGGACUUCUUCAAUAUUCUAGCUUUUUCUAGAGGUAAACCAUCAUCUCCUUGUUAGUAAUUCUCUAUCCAGCCAAAAUCAGAUGUAAGUCAUGAUUUCCAGAGGGGAAGAACUUGGAAUACUUAGUUUCAUGUAACUAUCUGUGCUGAUGAAUGUUUAUAUCCAUGUUUUAGUAAAGGAGAAUUGAAAAUACUCAUUUCCACCCUCCUCCAUCAAAUUUGUGGUUUUGUCUCAAUUAGGCAAGAAUCUACAGGGUAUGUUUUAAGCUAUUUUAAGUUUCUCUGCACAAACUAAAAUCUAAUUAUAGUUUGUAAGUCAAACAGACCAAUUCAGUAGCGAUACCUUUUCACAGGACCAGUAGGCAGGUCUACAUUUUUCUAAUGAGAAAUCUGUACUUCUGUAUUCUCAGAACUUCUAGGUUAGAAUGCCCCUUUGGCCAUCUCCCAACCCAACCCAAUGUAGAGAUGAUGUAGGAACCCAUUAGCCAACCAAGCUGCUGUACACUUACAAGCAGCUCUCACAGUGGGGUUGAAAAGGAUUACGAGGAGAAUUAGAAGUACUGUCUUUUGUUUUAUAAAACAACGUACUGUCUCAUGCACCAUUAAAAAACAAUUACAAGAUUUUGUAGUUUUUUGAUGACUCAUUCAGAGCAUGGGUUUGUUAAAUGAAAAUAAUAUAUAGCUAUUUGUGUGCCCCUUGUACUUCAUAACCAGAAAAAGAUGUAUGUGAAUUUUUUAAACAAAAUGAUAUUUUAAACAUGGGUAAAUUUCAAUGUAUGCUUACCAGUUGACUAUUUGGUUUUAUCUUCGGGUAGAGGGAGUUUGUGGUACUACUGAAAAUACCUUUAAUAUUAUUAUUUUGAUCAGAAUUUAUAAUAUAUAAUCAGGUUAGGAUGACGAAUAAAAUUUUUUUAAUCACUUGAGAUGUUUUGUGUUUAUUCU